AUGGGCGCUGAUCUGGGUGCGAUCCGGGAGUUUGCGCUAGCUGCGGAGAGCCUUGGCUUAACGCAUCUGCGCGUGCCUGAUCAAGUGAUUCGGCCUGAUGGCGGUUACGUGCAUGAAUCCAUGACGCUACUCAGUUACCUGGCCGCGAUAACUCAGAAGAUUGAAUUAGUCCCGUCGGUGCUGGUGUUGCCAUUGCGCCAAACCGCGCUUGUCGCCCGACAAAGCGCCCAGUUGGACGUUUUGUCUGGCGGGCGAUUGAGGUUGGGUGUGGGGAUUGGCAUCAAUCGAGAUGAAUAUCAGGCGAUGGGCAUCGACUUUCAUACCCGUGGCGCCCGUUGUGAUGAGCAGCUGGAGUUGUUACAUGCGUUAUGGACGCAGCCGGCGGUAGAUUUCAAGGGUCGAUUUCAUACUGUUUCCAACAUUGGGAUUGAGCCGCGACCGCUACAACAGCCCAUCCCUGUCUGGAUAGGUGCGCGCUCGAUUCCUUCCGACAGGGUGGUGCAGCGUAUGGGUAAAUGGGCAUCCGGCUGGUUUGUGCUGGCAAACCCUGAGGAAUUUGAGGGCGUUAAGCGGCGCGUAGAUGCCGCCGCGAAGGCCGCGGGUAGGGAUGCCUCAGCGAUUGGUACUGAAGCGGGCGUUGCUGUGGCCGGGCCCAGGCAGCAUGAGUGGCGCGAGCGUGCCAACGGCGUCCGUCUGGCCUAUUUUGAGCGCGGCAAGGCUCGUGCGGACAAGCCGACGUUAUUGUUUGUGCACGCUACCGGUUUUCAUGGUCGACUCUGGGAUUAUCAGGCUGAGGCUUUUCCUGAAUAUCACAGCAUAGCCCUUGAGUUGCGGGCCCAUGGCCGAAGCGAAAAUGCCAGCUUUCACGACUGGAGUGACUUUGGCGUGGAUCAGAGUGAAUUUAUAAAAGCUCUGGGUCUGCAACAUGUUGUGGGUAUCGCCCACUCCAUGGGUGCGCAUACAUUGCUUGAUGCUGCUGCUGUGACAGGUGUAUUUGAUCGCCUGUUACUGCUGGAUCCAACGGUGGCCGAACCCGAGGCCUACAACGACAGUUAUGAAGCCUCUUUUGGUGAUCAACUGCAUCCCGCAGCCAAGCGGCGCAACGAAUUUGAUUCACCGGAAGAUAUGUUAGCGAAAGACCUGCACUGGUCUGACUGCUCACACUUUAUUCCGAUGCAGCGUCCAGACGACGUGAACAAACUGCUUGCCGAGGAACUCCAGGUCUACAAUGGCCCGUAUUGCGGGUUUCUGCUGGCGCAAGCCGGUAUGGCAGCGUCUUCUGCUUAUCCUUUUGCUUCGCUGAACGCCAACAAAGAAAGCAUCACGUUGAAUAUCAAGUCAGCGCAAGGGCAGCAGCUGAUCAAAGGUCUGGCGGCAGAAGUUGAUGUGGUGCUGGAAAAUUUUGCUCCGGGUACCAUGGCGCGCUAUGGCAUUGGUGCGGAUGUUCUGCGCGGUAUUAAUCCAAAACUGAUCUAUGCAUCGAGUACGGGUUACGGUAAUGCGCCGGGACCCUAUAGAGAUUUUCUGGGUAUGGAUUUCACGCUCCAGGCGAUGGCAGGAGUGAUGAGUAUUACCGGAGAAGAGGGUGGCCCGCCGCUCAAAACGGCAGCUGCAUUUGCUGAUUUCCUGGCAGGUACUCAUCUUUAUGCAGGUAUUGUUUCAGCCUUGUUCGGGCGGACGCAGUCCGGAGAAGGCGCUACGGUUGAUAUUUCCAUGCAGGAUUGUGUGGUGCCGACGUUGUCUACCGCGCUGGGUUCCUACUAUGUUGCUGGAGAACAGCAGCCACGUGCGGGUAAUCGUCAUCCCGGCAAAGCGCUUGCCCCGUAUAAUGUUUAUCCCGCUGCAGAUGGUCAUGUCGCCAUUAUCUGUAUACGCGAAGGACACUGGCGAAACUUGUGCGCAGCCAUGGAUAACAACGUUGCGCUGCAGGACCCAAGAUUUGCGACCAUGGCUGAGCGGGCGGCAAAUAUGGAUGUCGUGGAUGACCUUGUCAGUGAUUGGACUCGCCGUCUCAGCCGCGCUGAGAUUUUACGGAUUACCCAGGAGCAUGGUGUUAUCUGCUCGCCGGUGAACGACCUGGCCGAUGUAUUGGAUGAUCCCCACCUGGGCGCUCGCGGUACGCUGGAGAAAAGGCCACAUGAAGCGUUUGGUGAAAUAUCUCAAUUCAGAACCCCACUGCGCUUUACGGAUCUUGAGCCCAUGGCGUUACAAAAUGCGCCUGCGCUGGGUGAGUCGACAGAUGCGGUGUUGCAGGAACUGCUUGGUUUAGAUGCUGAUACGCUGGCGGAGUUGCACAAAAACGAAGCGAUCUGA